UUUUCGUACAUUCAAAAAAGGAAAAAGAAAAAAAACAGGUAGCAGAGUGCCAUUGGAUGCUUUAUUCUUGACUCUGCAACUCUUUGUUUUUUUUUUUUAACUUCCUGAUAAUGAUGAAGUACUAAACUUUGCAUAACCCCUUUUUUAUAUCUCCUUUUCUAAGGAGCUGAAUCUUGAAAACAAACUUUUGAUAUCUUUUUGAAAAAAAAAAAUGGGAGGGCCUGUUAUAGAAAGUAGAGGAGGUAGUGUAGUUUGGGUGCAAAGACAAAAUGGAACAUGGUGGCCUGGUAGAAUAUUGUGUAGUAAUGAAAUCCAAACUUGUGGGAUUCUUUCUCCUACUAACUCCACUUCAAGAUUUCCCAUUAAGCUUCUUGGUCGAGCUAAUGCUUCUGUGUAUUGGUACAAUUUGGAGAAGUCUAGACGCGUAAAGGCAUUUCGAUGUGGUGAGUUUGAUGGUUAUAUCAAAAAGGCUGAAUCGUCCAAGACUUUUACCAAUACUAAAAGCCUGAAAUAUGCACAUCGAGAAGAUGCCAUUCUUCAUGCUCUUGAACUUGAGAAGCAAGACCAGGAGAAAUUAGAAAGUCCAGUAUUAGUGUCUGGAUUCAAAGAGGGUGAGACACAUGGAGAAAGUAAUCAAAAAGCAAAGAGAAGCAGAUGCUUUUACUUCCCUAACGACUCGAUAUCUUUCUUGGAGAAAUCAGUUCAUUCUCAAUCAUCAAAGAUGAUUCCCACAUCUAAUCAAACUGCAGAAAAUUCUUCUUCCAAGUCUACGAGUUCCUUGAAGAGCGAUUCAAAGAGUUCACAUAGAAAGAGAGAGACAACUGCAGGUAACAACGCAUUGAAACCAACAAAGAUGAGCUUCAAGGUUGUAAGUCGUCCAGCAGUCAACAAAUGGAAGCAAAAAGGGAAAAUGCCUAAUCAACAGUUUAGGAGCAAAUCAGCUGUUUCAACUAAUGAAAGUAGUAGUGAAUUUGGAUCCAAUGAGAUGUCUCAGCCUAGUCCAGGGAACAGUUUCUCGGAGGACACCAGCAGCCUUAGUUCAAACUUCAUCACGCGGAAGAAUAGUACUAAGACAUUAAUGGAUGUGCAUAUGGCAGUUCAAGGCACCUAUAGAGUAGAGCAUACUCCCCUUGUUUCUCUAACGAGUAGAUUAAACGGAAAGGCAAUCAUCGGGCACCCCAUCAACAUAGAAGUGUUAUAUGAUAGUUCAAUUUUUCCUGCUAAAAAGGAGAGCUCUUAUCAGCUGAAAAGCACUAACAGAAUGCCUCAACUUGUUUGGAGAAAGUCAAAGAGAACUCCCGUCUGUUACACAAGUUCUACUUCCUCUUUUGCAACUAAGCAUGAGAGCAUUCAGCAAAGCAACAAGAAACUUGGAGAUUCGAGUUCCCAAGCAAGAAAAAAUGGCCCCUUUAAUACUAAGUCUCGUGGGAAGUUAUCGAAGAAGCCAAACGUGUCAAAGAAUAAACCAAGAACAGUACUGCCUUCUGUUACAUGUGUGCCUGUGAAAGACAUAUUCAUCAAGUUAAUCGGGGCACUUGGAAAUGUUUGAUCAUAAGCAGGAGGUGUUCAUAACUUGAGUAUUUAUUGCCCUUUAUGAUUUUCUGAGUAGGAGAAAGCUUUCUGUAAAUAUUACAGUUUGCUUAGUUUUUGCUGACAUUAUGAGAAAUGUAAAUUGACAUACUAAAGUAGGUUAAUGUCUCCUCUGUAAGUAUCCUUAACUUACAAAAAUAUGACAAAAAGAUUGCUCAGCCUUUUGUUCUUCCAACAUGAAAUCUAUCUAUUAGUCGGUUCUAGUAAGAUUG